UUGUCGGAGAAGCCGCAGCGCCGCCUCUUCUUUCGCGUCCUCGCAUCCGUUGCUGCCGCCUCUUCCUCCGCCUCCUCCUUCGCCUCUUCCUGCCUCCUCCCGGCUUCCGCCGCCGAUCCAGCCGCUUCCCAACCCCGGGGCGAAGCGUCUCCUUAUUUAUUUCCGUUUUCUCGCCACUACCGCCUCCUGACACGGUGAUCCGGGCGGGCCCCGCAGGAAUUUUAUCCCCUCACCGGCCUCACACUAGUAUCGCAUGUCCACUAUCCAGAACCUCCAAUCUUUCGACCCCUUUGCUGAUGCAACUAAGGGUGACGACUUACUCCCGGCAGGGACUGAGGAUUACAUUCAUAUAAGAAUCCAGCAACGGAACGGCAGAAAGACACUGACUACUGUUCAGGGCAUUGCAGAUGAUUAUGACAAGAAGAAACUUGUGAAAGCUUUCAAAAAGAAAUUUGCCUGUAAUGGUACUGUGAUUGAACAUCCUGAAUACGGAGAGGUUAUUCAGCUUCAAGGUGACCAAAGAAAAAACAUUUGCCAGUUUCUCUUGGAGGUUGGCAUUGUCAAGGAGGAACAGCUUAAGGUUCAUGGAUUCUAAAAUGAACCUAAAUACGUGGAGAAUUUCUUGAAUAAUUUUGUUCUCUAAACCAAGUUUGGCUGCCUUGUGAAAUGAUUCUCUGCAGUAAACGGACUUUUCAUUUAUUUAAUCAUUCAAACUUUCAUUCACAUCUGCAUGAUUACAGAAAACAUGGGGUAUGUAGACUAGUAACACAUAAGAAAAUUGCAGUAAGAUGGUAAUGAAACCCCGUAUUCAUCUUAACAUGUUUCCAAUGGAAAAUAUUUUUUUUGAGUGUUUAUUUGUUUAUUGUUCAGUUUAUUACUUUUCACUUGAUUAAAUUUUUUUGUUGUAUUAAACCAUGUAUGUUGCAGCUUAACAAUAAAAAAAAAACCUAUGAAUCCUUUUGUGAGCAGUUAGGCUCCCAGAUCUAAGCAAGUAAUAUACACAUAGUUUGUCUUUCAUAAUUGUCUCAUUCUGUGUAUUCUUUCCAGUUGAUUUCAGAUGCUGUGACGAGUUAGAGGAGAACCUUUGUUAUAUGUGUAAUUUUGUUCUUUACUUAAAAAUGAGUAGAAACAGUAUAAACUCAGAGCCAAGAAUUUGCCGGAAUGUACUGUUAAAUUUUUGAAAAGAAAAUGAAGCAUAGUUUAAACUUA